AUGAUCAUUUUAUAUACAUUAAUUAUUGUAUUGAGUUUUCAAAUAACAAUUAAUCUUUCAUCGGAUAUUGAAUUUGAUAGAUUAACAGUUUUAACUGAUGCAUUGAAAAAAACAAUUUAUAAUCCAGAUGAUACAACAAAAUUAUCCUUUCAAAAUGUGUUAAAUUUAGGAAAUGAUCAAUUUAAUUUAGACGAUAUUUUAAGAUUAUUUAUUCAACAAUACAUACUUUCAUUAAUUGAUACGAGAAUAGAUUUAAUGCCAAAAGAUUGGAUGGAAAAAUAUCCAAAAUAUAAUAAAGUUAUCUUAGAAAUUAAUCAAUUUUUGGAAUUAUUGAAUCAACGUCUAUUAGGACAAAUUACAAUUAGAGAUAUUCGCCCGUUGAUUGACAGUAUAACAGAUGAAUUUUUUUUGGAUUUAAAACAAUUAAUUCAUGAUAUUAGAACAGCAGCUGAACAAGAAGAUCAAACAACAACAAAAGAUGAAUUAUAA